GAGCCGUACUGUGGGAGGAACCGAGGGUCCCGCGCAGCCCGGCGAGUCUGUUCUGUCCGUGAGUCUGAGCCUUUGGCCCCGAGGGAGGGGCGGACGCGACAGCAAGAGCAUCAUUGAAGCUUAGACUUGGGUGGAAACCAGUAUCAGAAUCUACCCACCCCUUCUCACUGAUUCGUGGAUUUCUGUGUGACCAGGCGAGUAUCUUGUGGAAUUUGACAACACCAGGGUCCCAGCAGGUUGCUUGCAUUGUAACUACAAGGAGCCUUAGUGGGGGUUAAGAAAAAUUUCAAGAAAAAUUUCGCUUAUAUUCAAGAGAAAAGUACUAAGGUGUGUAUGGUUGUGUGUGUGUGUAAAUAAGUAAAUAUAGUCAAAUGCAAAUAUUCAAAACAGUAUUAUGGUAAGUAGAGAAAUAAAAACUUUCUUGCAUGCCAUAAUACUAAAAAUUUCAGGAUUUUUGAGGAAACAUAUAAAAUACUUACCUAUAUUUGUAGUAUUACAAGUCUUCUCAUUAAAUACUAACAGUAUUCUUCAGGCUCAUUCCAUUUGACUACUAAACACCUAUAAUCCUCCACGAAAUUUCAAAAGAGAUUAUUUAAGUGUCUUUCUGUUAGAAGCAGAAAUUUAAAAUAGAAUUGACGGGGAUUUUUUUUUCUAAUAAAACUUAAAACAUUUGGAAAAAUCUGAAGCAACAGUGUGUAGAUGGAAGGGUAAAGCAUUAGUUUCCAAAAAACAUUGUCCUCAAUACCUUGCCUUCUGUAGGAAUUAGCUUUCUCAGAUUUUUUCUGAAAUAGCAGUGUAGAUAAUGGAGAGAAUCGUAAGUAAUCUUAUGUGUAAUUGUGGGGUUUUAUUAAUUAUCUGCAUGUGUGUCUUUUUCACUCUAGCUUUCCUGUGAGAGUACUGAAGGCAUGUUUGCUAGUUACGCAAUAGACCCUCUGAGUACACCAUUUAGGGUGACCAGCCAGACCUAUUUACUCAGGACUGAGGGCGUUCCAGGGCACAGGACAUUCAGUGUUCGCACCAGGAUGGUUGUUCUCCUCUGAGCCAGGCCUUGGGCCAGAUGCAUGGAUACCCUGGAGAACAAAAACAGACCUUGUCCUACCUCCUCCAUGACAUGUCCACUCUAACAGAAUUAGUAUUGAUAAGAGUAUUGUGGGAUGCAGGCUAAGGGGACAGGGAAGUCUCUUGGGAACAACUAAUAUUUAGCUUGCGAGGAAAAGGUAAGGUUAGAUCUAGCUAGUUGUAGGGUUAGACUGGGGCUCCAGGGAACUGUACAAGAGAGGCCCCUGAGCAGGAUAGAGCCCAGGGAAGACAAGGAUGGCUGAGGUCAAGAUGGCAGAGGGGAAAAAGUGUGCUCCAGAUCCUAGUGGGAGGCAGAAGUCUGGAUUGACUCUAGACUCUGUUCUCAGGCCAGUGGGAGAACACCAAAGAUACGGGAACAGGAAGAUGAUGUGAUGCACCAUUUGAUUUAAGCCCAUGGGUAAAACAGACCUUAGGAUUCCAAAUGAAGAGUUUUUAAGAGGCAAGAUAGGGGGCCAGGGAUUUAGCUCAGUGGUUCCAGCGCCUGCCUUGCAAGCUCAAGGUCCUGAGUUCGAUCUCCAGUGCCAAAAAAAAAAAAAAAAAAAAGAGGCAAGAUAGGCAGUGUAAAGAAGUAGAUUAGGAAGGAGAGGAUAGUUCCUGAGCCUGAGUGAUGAUUGUGGAGUAGGAAAGAGGUAGAAAGAUGAGAUCGGGAAUGUAGAACUGAGAAUGAUGAUGCUCCCAUUCCCGUGUGUGUUUGGCAGAUGGCACAGAGUACUCGUGUGCACUUGGCUCCUAUCUGUGCAAACCUCGGCCUGCCCCUCACCCACAGCCUGUGCCCACCCUCACUUUGCCUCUCCCAGAACCUUUCCCUACAUCCUGAAGUUAAGUCAGGCCCGAGUAUGCCUAGUGCUGACCAUCCACUGUGGUAGCCACAUGGAGCUAUUUCUUUUAAACCAGUGAAAACUAAAUACAAUGAAAAAGUCAUUAUGUCAGUCACAUGAGCCACAUUGCAAGGCUCAAUAGCCACAUGUAGCUUGUUAGUGGCUACUGCGUAGGACAGAGGAGAAUCAACAUUUCUGUCACCAUUGAAAGUUCAUUGGGCAGUACUGGAAAAAAGUGGCCCAUCUUCUGUGCCUGUCUUCCAGCAUCAGCAUAUCUGGGGCAAGGUAGGUGUCAGAAAAUCUGUAAACUGACUAGGAACCCUUCCUGCCUUCAGCACAAUUUUCAGCUACCAGACAACCUUGAAAAGGACUCAGAGUCCAAAGAUGUCCUAGCACCUCCUCCUCUGCCGGCUUCUCUCUUAGGGCACAGUGAACUGCCUGUAUCCCAACCCCCUUUCUGUGCCUCAGCCAGUGACUAAAACUACCUGACUGCAUAUCCAUCCUUAAUGAGGAGAAAGGAGACAUCCUAUGCUGGAAAGGGCAGGGAAGUUUGCCAGAGCAGUCUGCGUCAGCUGACCACCCAUACAGUCCUGGUUUCCCUGUUUGAGGAGAGAGACUGUAUUAUUUUUCUGUGGCUACUAUAACAGACUACUACAGUGGCUUGAAACAAAACAGAUUCAUUCUUUUGCAGCUGGAGGUCAGAAGUCCCAAGUGAGUCACAGGCCUGAAUUUCCUCUAGUCACAGGGAUACUGGCUCUAGGGUAAAUCCAUUUUUGCCUUUUCCAUCAUAUAGAGAUUAUCUGCAUUCAGUGGCUUGCAUUUCUCCAUAUUUAAAACCAACAAGGUAAUACUGUGUUGUCUGAUCUCUCUUUGUCUGUCUUUCCCUGUCUUCUCCCUCCCUCUCUGUCACCACUUCCUUCACCUUCACAUGAUUCUGUCGUCACAUUUCCUUCUCCAACUCUGACUCUCCUGCCUCAUUUUUUAGGGAACUAUGUAAUCCAGCCUGUAUAAUCCAGGACAAUCCCCCCAUCUCAAAGUCCUUUUUUUUUUUUUUGGUACCAGAGAUCAAACUUGGGGCCUUGCUCUUGCGAGGCAGGUGGCAGAACCACUGAGUCAAAGUCCAUAUGUUAAAUGCAUCUGCAGAAUUUCUCUUCCAAAAUAAGGAAGCAUACAACUUCUGGGGAUUACAACUUGGACAACCCUUUUCUCUUUUGGUGGCUAGAAGUUAUUGAUCUGUCUUCCUCAAGGCCCAAGGGUCAAAGACUCCCUAUAAUCACAUUUUUUUCACAUGGCACAAACUCCAUGUCUCUGUCCCCAUUUCUGCCCAUAGACACCGUUCACUGCUUUCUUUUGAGUACAGGGAGAUCACACAUAGAAAUCUCAAGAAGCUGGUUUUAUGGAGUUAUAUUAUUUUGUGUCUAUAAGGAGGAGACCUUCCCUUCUCAUAAAAAGGAAACAUUCUGUAAACCCUGCCUUGUACCUUGGUGUUUUUUUUUAACUUAAAUUUAUUAGAGAUAGUAAUUUCUACCAGUACCUAGAGAUCUUUUCGGGUUUGUUUUUUUGUUUUGUUUUGUUUUAAUUUUAUUGGUACAUUUUAGGUAUACAAUGUAAUGACAUUCAUCAUUGGAGAUUUGUACCUUUACAUAAUAUAUCUUGAUUCCUAUUUUUCCCAUAUCCUGCCCUCCCUUCAACCCCUCCCCACUUGCCUAUUUACAAAGUCUUGGUUUCCAUUUUUCGGAUGUGUUUUUAUUUUGUUUCUGGCUGCAUGCUUUUUCCUCAUGUAGGUGUCCCAUAGUUUAUUCAUCUGGUUUCCUUUUGAUGGUUGGUUGUGUUAUUUUCAACCAUUUGCUGUUAUAAACAAUGCCAACAGUGAAUAAUUUUCCAAAUAACUUUUACUUUUUGUGUAUCUUUGAGCUAAUCCCUGGAAGUGGGAUCAACAGGGAAAGAAUAAAUGUGUUUGCACCUUUGCCUGACACUGACAAGCUCUUCCCAUAGGAGCCACACCCAGCCAGGUGGAAGAAAGCCUCUUUGUGCAGCCUUGUCAGCAAAGGCUGUGGUCCCUGGUGUCUUUGCCGAUCAGACAGAUGGGGACUAUUACCAGUAGAGCUGCAGCUUGCAUCUCUUAUCACCGUUCAUGAACCUCAGUGAUUCCAUCAGGGGUGUUGUCCUGGAGACCAUGGUGGUGGACACCGGACGGUGCUCUGCGGGAGAGAGUGGAUGUGAGAAAAGGAAACAGUGAAAAAUUUUAGCUGGGAUGAGGGAUGGAUGGAGACUGGCCAGUAACUGGAAGAAAAACUGCUCAGAGCAUAGGUGUAUUUCACUGCCACAGAUCCUGGACCUAGCUUGAGUGGCGAGAGGAAACACUUAAAAGGGAAGGCUGGAGAUAGACAGUUUCUAGGAAGCCGGAGAUGGAACCCGGGGCAGAGUCACCCCAGAGGGGAGGCAGCACCUUGUCCAGUAGAGGGAGAGGGCAGCAAGGCCCGAGUGGAAUUUGAUUGGUAAGACUGCAAGGUGGGUUCCUUCUUUUUUCUUUUUUGCAGUAUUGGGGAUCUAACUUAAGACCUUGCGCUUGCAAGGCAGGCACGGUGCCACUGAGGUAAAUCCCCAUCCCUAAGCUAAAUCCCCAGCCUUGGGUUCCUUCUUGAGAAAUAGGAUGUGGGACUAUCUCUGAGCGUGAGGUGAUUCAUUAUUUGUUGUCACCUGACAGCUGGCUCCAAACCCUAGUCAUGUAACAAUUUAUCGUGGCUCAUGGCCUGUGGUUCGGAGAUUCAGGAGUGGUAUGGUCAGAAGGCUGUGGCUCAGGACUCUUGGAGGUUGCAGGAAGCCACCACCUGGGGCUGGGCCAUUUGAAGGCUCAAGGUGCUCCAGGAUUUGUUUCUGACUCCUCACUUGCUUGGUGGGAGGCAGCUAGAAUGUCUUCCCACCAAGCCAGUCAGCUUCCCCUGGACGAGGCAUCCACGAGACCAAGGUGGAAGCUGCAGUUCCUUCUGGGACCUGGCCUCAGAAGUCCUCCCUGUCACCUCUGCAGCAGUCUAUGGGUGCCCAGGUCACCCUCCUUCUGAGUGUGUUGGGGCUGUGCAGUAACCACCAGGGGACUGGGAUCUGCUUAGGAAGCUGGUUGCCAUUGGGAGAAGACGGGUGUAGAAGACCCACAGAGAUUAUACGUUUGAGGACAGGGAAGCUACGUGGACCUGUGGGACCUUCCCCCAAAGUCAAGUGCUCUUUUCAUGUUGAUGCCUUGCUUGUCCAGAGGUAACCACGUCACAGUCCUUGCGCAGAUGUGGCCUUGACCAGGGCGGUGAUUAGAAUCUGCCUGGCUGUAGUUCUGCUGGCUGGCUGGGGGGGUCUAGGCUGGGGCCAGAACAUCCAUUGACAUUAGGGAUGAGGAAAUCUGAGCCUGCUAAGUAUGAAAUAAAGAAAGGAACUGACUAAUGACAAACAAGGAAAUAGGAGAGAGGGUAGAAUGUGGCCUUCGUGUAGUCAGAGAAAAAAGAUGAACACAGAAGAAAAAAGAAGUUAGAGGGAGGAGAAUUUCUGAAUGUUUUGCCCAGCAGUGGGGUAGUGCCAGAGAUGACGUGGGCAGGGUGGGACCCAUGGGAAUGUGGGGCUGAGGUGGGGUAGCCAGGACCAUUGGAGUUGACACUCCCCAUACCCUGAGGCUGCCUUGUCAUCUGAGGUGGGCAUGGAGGUUGAAGGAAUAAUGAGAGUCAGGAGCCAGAGUCUCUAGGGAAUGACAAGUUGUUGACAAGAGUGUGACAACAGCUUGGAUGGGAAGAAUGUGCCACGAGAUUCAGGGAAGUCAAGGUUUUCACUGGACCAGUGAGUAUCGGUCCCACCAUUGGUGACACAAGAAGAUAAGCUUCACCAACUAUGACAUACAGUAUACAUUUUGGGUUUUCAUCUAUGGUUCCAGGGUCAAAACUUCCUCCUCUCAGCAGGCCAUGGAGACUAAAUUUCUUUUCCCUGAGGUAGGUCACAGGGACUCGAGUCAUCCCCGCCUUCACCUAGCCAUAAGCAGUACUCUGAUCUACCAUGUCUGAUAGUUGUUCAUACAGCCCUCCUCACUGAAGAGGGUCCUGCCCCUAUCUUCAAAGAAGGGACGCUGUACAGAGACUGAACAGACAGGCCUUGCUGGGUCUCCCAUGCAGUCUGUGUGCAGUCCUUCCCGUGCAGUGAAGUCUCCAUAGAAACCCAAAGAACAUGGUACCAUGAAGGAAGGCAGCGUCUUAUCCAGCUGAGGGAGACAGGAGCAGUCCUGAGUAGAGAGCUUCCAGACAGCUGCAUGGCUGAGGGUCCUGGGAGGUGGAAUCUCCACAUGCCUUCUCCCAUACCUCACCCUGUACAUCUCUUCAACCAUCUCCCUUGUCAUAUUCCUUACAAUGGAACAGUAAGUGUGUUUGCUUGAAUGAUGUGAGCUGCUCAAGGAAUUUAAUCAAACCUCCAGAAGGGGUUGAAGGAACCCUGAUUUACAGCCCUCAGUCAGAAGCACAGGUAGAACGACCUGGGGCUGACUGCCAUCUGAAGUGGUGGGGGUGGCCUUGGGGACUGAGCCCCCAGCCUGUGGAAUCCAACGCUGUUUCCAGGUAGGUAAUAUCAAAACUGAAUUCAGACAGAGGACACCUGGCUGUUGUCCACUGUGGAAUCGAUUGCUUACUUGCUGACAGGGAGAAGUCCCCACACGUGUGAAGUCUGUGCUGAUUGUACUGUGAGAGCAGAGAAGAAACAGACACUUUGCCUUUUUCAUGAUGCUUAGCCUGCUAAACAGAAUAAAGGCCCGCAUGGAAGACAGAACUUGCAUUUGAAAGGAGGUGUGAUGGAUGGCUGAGGAAGACGCAUCCUCAGCAGCGUGAGAGGGAGCACACCAUGCAGACUCUGUGUCCUAUUUAUUCCAGAGUGCUGCUGCCCCACACCCCGAGGGAGUACGAGGUAGAGUGUUGCUGUUCUUCCACUGCCCUAGUGUGCAGGAGCUUUGCUGUCAGAGUCACAGGAUGGCAGCUGCUGUCCUGCCCCCAACUUGUGGUGGAUGGAGAAGUCUCCAGGGCAUUGGAACAUAGGGCAGCCUGGAUUCUUGUGACUCAUUUCUUCUUCCCCAGCUCAGUCCUGCAUAUACCCAGCCUCUCCUCAGAAAGGACGAACGGGGAAGGAAAGGCUGGUCAGUGAGUUCCUGACAUGCUGGUUGCAGGACCUGGUGACCUUUGAGGAUGUGGCUGUGGACUUCACCCAGGAAGAGUGGGCAUUGCUGGACACAUCCCAACGAUCCCUGUACAGGGAGGUGAUGCUGGAGAACUGCAGGAACCUGGCCUCGCUCGGGUGUCAUGUUGGUAAACCCAGUCUGAUCUCCCAGCUGGAGCAAGAAGAUAAAGUGAUAAUAGAGGAAAGAAGAAAUCUCCCAAGGACCUGUCCAGAUUUGGAGACUGUACUCAAAGCCAAAUGGCUAACUCCUAAGAAAGAUGCUUUUAGAAGAGAACAAGUAAAAGGUGUAAAAACGGAGAGAAGUCGUCAUGGAGUGAAAAUCAAUGAAUGUAAUCAGUGUUUUAAGGUAUUCAGCACAAAGUCUAAUCUUACUCAACACAAGAGAAUUCAUACUGGAGAAAAGCCCUAUGACUGUAAUCAGUGUGGGAAAUCCUUCAGCAGUAGAUCUUACCUUACUAUUCACAGGAGAAUCCAUAAUGGGGAGAAACCCUAUGAAUGCAAUCACUGUGGCAAAGCCUUUAGUGAUCCCUCAUCCCUCAGACUGCACGUGAGAAUUCAUACCGGAGAAAAACCCUAUGAAUGUAACCAGUGUUUUCACGUCUUCCGCACUAGCUGUAACCUCAAGAGCCACAAGAGAAUCCAUACAGGGGAGAAUCACCAUGAAUGCAAUCAGUGUGGAAAGGCCUUCAGCACAAGGUCAUCUCUGACUGGACACAAUAGCAUUCAUACAGGAGAGAAACCUUAUGAGUGCCACGAUUGUGGGAAAGCCUUCAGGAAGAGCUCCUAUCUGACACAGCACGUGAGAACUCACACAGGUGAAAAACCCUAUGAGUGCAAUGAGUGUGGCAAGUCCUUUAGCAGUAGCUUUUCUCUAACAGUGCAUAAGAGAAUACAUACUGGAGAGAAACCCUAUGAAUGUAGUGACUGUGGGAAAGCCUUUAAUAAUCUUUCAGCUGUUAAGAAGCACUUAAGAACUCACACUGGAGAAAAACCCUAUGAAUGUAACCAUUGUGGAAAAUCUUUCACUAGUAACUCUUACCUUUCUGUGCACAAGAGAAUACAUAACAGGUGGAUAUGAAUUGGGAUGAGAAAUUACUAUGAGAAUGUCUAGGAAAGCCCUUGUUGACCUCUCAACUUGAGAGAACUCACAACAGAUAUACAGGUUAUCUGUUGCUGCCUAAAAAAUCAUCCCCCAAAACUUUGUGGCUGUAAACAAUUCAUCAUGUCACAGUUUCUGGAGGCCAGGAAUUCAGGAACAGCUUAGUUCUGUAGUUCUGGGUCAGGAUCUCUCAUGAGAUUGUAGUCCAGAUGUCAGGUAGAGCUGCAGUCAGCUGAAGUCUUUAGUCUUUACUGAUGAAGGGUCUACUUCCAUGUGGCUCCCUCCCGUGUCUGGAAACUAAGUGCCGGUUGUUGACAGGAGACCUUCAGUUCCUCAUCAUGUAGGCUUCUCUACAGGGUGAGGUAUUUCCACACUGUGGCAGCAAGUUUUUCCCAAAGCAAGUGCUGGAAGGGAGUGCCAGUAAAGAAUCCACAGUUUUUUUAUGAUCUAUCAUCAGAAAAAUGUAUUUUCACCUCCAUAUUAUACUGGUUACACACAGACCAAUUCUAAUACAGUGUGUUAGAAGAUUACAGCAAGUGUGAGUACUAAGAGAUCACUGGGAACCAUCUAGGAAACUUGCCAUGAAAUUGAUGAAGAAAAGCCUUCAACACACCUUAUCUUUCCAAUCAGUGUGAAAUGGUAUUUAGUAACUCUCCUGUUAAUUUACUUAGGAGAGAAACCUACUGAGUACAAUCUCAGUGAUAAAACUUCCAGCUCAAAUUCACAUUAAUAUUCUUCAGCAAAACCUGAAGAAUGAAAGGAAAGCCUUCAGCUCUAGCUCCUGGGAGUUAUGUAACAGCUCCCACUGGGAAAAACCCUAUGGAGAUCAUCAGAAUGUAAAAAGCCUCCUAUGAUGAUCACCCUUUCAGAGGCACACAUGAAAUCAGAUGUGGAAAACUCUAUAGCACAAGUGUUCAUGUUACUGAGUACAUGAUGGUGGAGUACUCUGCAGUGACCAUAGGAAAGCCUUGAACAUUCUUUACUUUUAAAAAGAUAGGAGAAUUUAUUGUGGAGAAAACUGUUGGACAUCAUUGGUAUUGGAAGACUUUCCAUUUUCCCACAUUGGGUAGAAGACUUGUGAAUACAAAGAAAGGGGGAAAGCUUUCUAGGAUGUCACUUAGGAAAAACAUGAAAAUUCUCCCUGGGUGUAAAACCUAUGAGUAUUUUGAAAAUUUUUCAGUGAUUUCUCUUCUGAACACUUACAUGGUGGAACAGCCUAGGAAUGUAAUCUAUAGUAGAAUGCCUAGCCUCCACUCUUCACUAAGGGACUACAAGAUAAUUGAUACUGGGAAUAACAGUAUAAGUGAGUCUGGAGUUAGCAUUACCAUUGUCUAAUCUGUAGGUUUGACCACUAAAUCAUUAAUUUUAGUCUUUGGUUCAUACAAACAUGUAUCUGUUCCUCAAAAUAAACCCUAAGUUACCUUCCAAAGUUUGAAUGCAAUCUAUUUAUUGUAAUUUGCUCUUUAAAAACGUAAGUACAUUAUAUAUCCAAAAAGGUACAGAAUUUCUAAAUAUCUCCUGAAUCCUUUUACUUAUAUGAAAUUAGAUAAUACCUUUGAUACUUUUUUUCCUGUUAGUGAUAUUUUUGUCAGAAUGUGUGGACUUCAUUGUAUUGAUUCUUUUUUCUGUUUCUAUACUAGUAUGGCAAAUACCAUUAGCUUCUUUUGCAAUGCUUGUACUCCCCUCCGUAUUUACUUAAA